AUGUUGUCUGUGCUCUUUCUUGCGAGCGCCUCUCUGACAAGGAGUUUUGCUACCUGCCUCGAGUCGAGUCCUCUGUCAAAGCCAGCCCGCGCGACAUUCACCGCCGUGCCCUCGUCGACAAAGUCCCACAGGCCGUCACAUGCCAGGAUGACAAACUCGUCCAUGUCGCCCAGCACUACCUCCUUGACGUCCGGUUUCGAGAUGACGACCGACUUCAAGCAGUGGUCGCCGAACGCGCGCGAGACAUUGAGAAUACCCGACACCCUCUUCGCGAAGAUGAAGCCGCCCGCGCGGAGCACCCUGCGGGCCUCCUUGUCGUCCACAGGGCGGUGGUCCGUGGAGAGGCGGAUCGGGCGGCCGGCCCUGCUGAGGACAGCGCGGGCGUCGCCGCAAUUGGCGGUGGUGAGAACCCUGCCGACGCGGGGGACUCUGCGCAGGAAGCAGGUGACGGCGGUGGCGCCGGUCUGGCAGCACUUCCUGGUCUUGAGCAUGGCGUCCAUCCUGCGGUACGCGGUCUCGAAGGCGCGGGCCGGCUUGAGCACGCGGUUGUUGCGCGGGUGGGCGGCGGGGGCGGGGCAGUCGUCCGAGUCGGUGUCGUACGGCGGCGACGAGCAGUCCGACGCGACGUCGUCCAGCGCGCGCUGGUGCAGCUUCUCCGGGGCCGACGGCGGCAGCAGCUCGUCCAGGAACAGGGCGUGCAGGUGCGAGCGGCACAGGUUGGCCGCCAGAGACCCGCCGUGGCCGUCGUACAGACCGAGGAAGACGGCCGGGAAGGAGUGGUAG